CAGGAAAGGCGUUUCCAGAGAUGGACAGCCCAGCUCCUGUAACGUUACAGUGACAUGGUUUUAGACUUACUGUGUGUUGGGUUAUUUUAAGCCUAAACGUUCAGUUCUCCCAAUGAAACAUUGAAGAGGAAGAAGAGCAGCAGUUGGUCACGCUCGCGGGUGUAGCAGCGUAACCACGGAAACUAAAACGUAAAGAGCACAAACGGUAGAAGGCGGGUUAACGUUACAUCCAUAGACUGUGCGGUUAGAUCCCUUGCAUCUUACAUUGAUUGUAAAAGAAAUGGCUGCUGAUCACGCAAUGACGUCUGACAUGGGAAGCACCAGCAGAGGGGUUGAUACAUCUCCUCCCCGUGACUCAGAUGUAUUGAGUACGUCACAAACAGGAUAUGCUAAGAAGGAAUUUAUUAUGAUGCCACCUGAAGAAAAGCUCAAACACUUUGACAGCCGAGCUCAGGCCCAUGAGGGCAACCAAGAGUUUGAUGCUUGUAUCCAGGACCUGGUACGUUGUGUGGCUCUGACUAGACUGGUAUAUGGAGAGGAACAUCUGAAACUAGCCCAGGCCCAUGCCAGACUGGCUAAAGCAUAUUUCCAGUUCAAAGGCUGGGGGCUGCAGGCCCAGGAAUACUCGGCCCUGGCCAGAGAGCUGCUGCCUUUCUGCACCUCCAUCUCCUCCUGCAGGGGUGAAAAGCUCGAGUUUCUCACGUGUCUCCUGAGCGUACACCUCACACAGGGAGGUGCCUCGCUGCUUACAGCCAAUCUUGAGGAGGCAGAAUCUUCUUUUGUGGAGGCAGAACAAGCUCUUGAGAAGCUUUAUCAACAUGAUGGCAUCAACCAGGAAGAGAAGAUAAAGACUGAGCUGGAAAUCUCCACAUCACUAUCCAGAGUCUAUAAGAGACAGAACAGACCAGAUGAGGCUUUAAGCCAGUGUGAGAGGUCUCUGCAACUGCUGAGGGACUGUGGUCAGCUAGAGAAGACAUGCUCUGUCUAUAGGGACAUGGCCGCCAUUGAACAGGACAAAGGUCAUUUGGACCGAGCCAUAGAGCAUCUCUCCAAGGCUCAUGCCAUUGCUAUGAGUCACAGCCUAGAGAAGCUAGAGGGGGCUCAGAUCUCCCACAGACUGGCCCUCAUCCUGUGUGCUGCAGCAGAGCCCCAUCACAAUGAUGGUGUUAUGGAAAUCAGACUUAUAAUAUCCACAUUGAAGACCAAGUUCUGUCAAGUCUGUAUGAUUCACCCAUGUCAACUAUGCCAAGGCAUAUGUAUGCUCCAUGACUCUGCAGGUCAAUACUUUGAGCAGAGUCUAAGUGCAUACAAAAACUCUGCAGGUGCACAGGAUCCAGCGUUUCUCGCUACCCAGGAUGAUUUCUGUCGUUUCCUCCUCCUCAAUGGCCAGCAAGAGAGAUGUGUGGAGAUCCAGAGAGCUUCUCUUGCUACAAAGAGAUCUACGUUCGGUGACCUGAGUGCUGAGGUAGCAGACACCCUUCAGCUGAUAGGAAGUGUGGAGAUGACUGAGGGCAAGAUGAAGCAGGCCCACCGGACCAUGACAAGGUGCCUGGAGAUCCACAGUUUGCUAUACGGUCCUCAGCACAAGAAGACAAAGGCUACCCAAAAAGCUGUGGACAUGCUGGCCCGAGCACCGGAGGUGGCUGAGAGUCAACAGAGGCAAGGUAGAAGGAAAACAAAACCUCACACACUUUCAGUUGUACCAUCCAGGGGCAAUGAUGGAAACUCUAUGUCGGACUCUUGAAAUGUUCUUUUUUUAUUUUGUCACUACAAUAACCUUGCAGGUGUGAACCAAUAACUACUGACAUAUAGUUUUUUAAAGAAAUAUGUUUGUCUGUUAAAUCCACUGGCGGUACAUGAUUUUGUGCAUUAGCUGAAAUGAGUUAGCUUUGAAAAAAAUACUCACACUCAGAAAACAUACACACAAUAGGUUUUAAUUGUGUUAAGAUAUGAAUUACUUUCCAAACACAGGCUUGAACCUUUUUAAGCAAAGCAAUAAUGUCAUUUGUUCAAAAGAAAUCAUUAUGUCAAUAAAAGCAAUGAUGUUGGUUUGUC